AUGAGCAAGAGAUUACAGAUAGACACAUUGGUUCACACUAAGGGAGCAUUGCCCAGACAAGCCAAGGAGAUUGUAUUGAAAUAUGAAGGCAGACUGACAAGGACAAGAGGUUAUCAAGCAGCGGGGGCAGAAAUGUGGAAAAAAUUUGGGCGACUGAUAUGUAACAUCACCGUGCUGUAUCCCUGGGAAAUGAGAAUCAAGAAAAUAGAAAGUCAUUUCGGUUCUGGAGUCGCCUCGUAUUUUAUCUUUCUGAGAUGGAUGUUUGGCAUCAACAUUGUGCUGACAAUAAUGACCGGUGCGUUUGUUAUUUUACCCGAGCUUUUAGCAGGUGCCCCAUUUGGAAGCGUUCCCAGCAAAACCAUUCCUGCAGGACACGUCGCAUCAGCUCAGGAUCUGGACACCAUCUGGUCACUCGGGGGCUACCUCCAAUAUUCCGUCAUGUUCUACGGUUACUACGGCAACGAGAGGAAGAUUGGGAGGGCAGGCUACCGUUUACCACUGGCCUAUUUCAUGGUGGGAAUGGCUGUGUUUGCCUAUAGCUUCAUCAUUCUCCUACGAAAAAUGGCGAAGAAUUCGCGGUUGAGCAUGGCUAGUGCUUCCGAUGAGAAUUACACCUUCUGCUGGAAGAUCUUCUGUGCCUGGGACUAUCUGAUCGGGAAUCCAGAAGCUGCAGAGAGUAAAACAGCUGCAGUGAUCAACAGUAUUCGGGAAGCAAUUCUGGAGGAACAAGUGAAGAAAAAAGACAGAAGCUUGGCGGUGAUAAUAAGCUUAAGGAUCCUUGCCAACAUACUGGUGCUUCUCUCUCUCGCCGGCAGUAUUUAUAUCAUUUAUUUUGUUGUGGAUCGCUCGCAGGAGUUGGAGCGCACUAAAGCUGAGUUGUCGCUGUGGGAAAAGAAUGAGGUGAGCGUUGUUGUUUCCCUCAUCACUAUGAUCGCUCCCUCGGUGUUCGAACUUGUGGCCCAGCUGGAGAUGUUGCACCCCAGGACCACCCUGCGGUUCCAGCUCGCCAGAGUGUUGGUGCUGUACUUGGGCAACCUCUACAGUUUAAUCAUCGCUCUGCUAGACAAGGUGAACAGUAUGAGCAUGACGGAUAAUUCCAAUGACACGGGGACAGCGUUUUUAGCAACCCGAGCUCUCCCUGAGGAAGAGAGCCUCUCGACCAUCGUCCCUGAGAUUAGACUGAGGCAGGACAGCUCCUUCGGUUCAGAGGACAACAAAACGAAACCACUCAUCAAAUAUAACCGGACGGCUCUGUUUGAUUACAACAUACUGUCGCAGCAGGAUCAAUGUUGGGAAACCUACGUUGGGCAGGAGAUGCUGAAGCUGUCGAUUAUCGAUAUGCUUUUUACUGUGGGUAGCAUCUUACUCAUUGACUUCAUUCGAGGGCUGUUUGUGCGAUUCCUGAGUGAUUGUUGGUGCUGGGAUCUAGAGAGUAAAUUUCCUGAGUACGGAGAAUUCAAGAUUGCUGAGAAUGUUUUACAUCUGAUAUAUAAUCAGGGAAUGAUAUGGAUGGGCGCUUUCUUCUCCCCAUGUCUCCCAGCAUUCAAUGUUCUCAAACUGAUCGGCCUCAUGUAUUUAAGGAGCUGGGCAGUCUUGACCUGUAAUGUUCCACACCAGCAGGUCUUCCGUGCUUCAAGAUCUAACAAUUUCUACCUGGCCAUGACUCUGUUCAUGCUUUUCUUGUGUAUGCUACCAACUGUCUUUGCUAUUGCGAGAUACCGACCCUCUCCUAGCUGUGGGCCAUUUAGUGGUCAAGAUAAAAUUUAUGACAUUAUAUCAGAGACAAUCGUCAAUGAUUUCCCUGGCUGGUUUAACACCAUGAUGAGUUAUGUCACCAGCCCUGUGGUGGCUCUCCCUGCACUCCUGCUGCUCUUUAUGUUGAUAUAUUAUCUCCAGUCCAUUGCACGCUCACUGAAGUUUACCAAUAACCAGCUCAGGAUGCAGCUCCAAGUUGAACGAACAGAGGAUAAAAAGAAAGUAUUCCAGAUGGCAGUUGCGCGAUUCCAACAUUUGGAAGAUGGUGACAAGAAAACAGAACGUGAGAGUGAGGUGGGCAGCCAGGAGUCUUCACUUCAGUCAUCACCUCGGAGGAACGGGAGUGUUGCGAAUGUUGACUCCCCGGUCAGUGCAGGGAGUCACAUUCCGAGUAUUUCACAACAGCUGGCUCAUGCGGAUGUCCCUCGGAUUCCCAGCCUCACUCAAACGCCAACAGCAGCAGCUUCACGACACAAGCGUGAGCAUGCGUUCCCAAGGAAUCCAGGUGGAUUACAGGGAGCCACAAGUGGGCAUCACAGAGGAAAAGCACCCUCCAGCCAGGCCAACAAAUUACCUGAAGAUGUUCAUCCUGAUGCCCCUUUUAGGAAGUGUGUCAGACCACUACACUAUUCACCCGCAGAAGGGGCUCCACAGAUGAUCCUAGGCCGCAGAGUGCACACGGCACGUUACAUAUUAGUCAAUGAGCGUGAGCCGAAGAAAAGGUUAAUUCGCUCGGUCACUCGAUUCCCCAGGCAUUACAAGGCGGACGAGACAAGGGGUGCCAUGGAAAUGUUACCAAGGAAUCUGAAAAGGUACCCAGUUCACGCAGGGCACCGAACCAACCCGCGGCUCCACCUCAGUGAAGAGGAGGAGGAUGAGGACGAACUGGAGCAGGUCACGUUCAGCAGGUCUCCGCGCCCACACUCGCUCUCCGAUCUCCACCAACCCACUCGCUUCUACAUCGGGGACAGCAAAGACAGUCGGAUAUUGAUCGGCAAGGACGUGGCCCAGAUGCAGUACGAGGACGAGGACUCGGAGCCCCGGCGGGAUCGCGCGGACCCGGGGUCAUCGCACGCUCGGUGGAACGCCAAAGGCCUGGCACCAAGCCAGCAAGGUGCCGGAGCCCACGUCAAAUGGAGAACGAAACACAAAGCAGAGCAGUCGUUGACGGAAUCGGACUCAGCUUCAAUCGCAUCGAGCAGCGAUCAGCAGAACAGCAGCACCGACCAGUACAUUCAAGUCAUCCACACCAAGGACAAGUAUUUGAAAACUUCCAACGAGAAUCUAAGUCGGAGCAAGUCAAGAGUAAGCAUUGAACUGAAUGCGGCAGAGGCUAAUGAGCUGGUCUGUUCCAAUGUCUAGAAUCAGUUUGUUCAUGUGCACAUCAGCAGUAGUUGUGGGAAAAAUGGGGAAGGGAGCUUAAGGAAGGUUAGAUGGAUAGAAUAAGGAGAGAGAACACUAAAAGGUAGGGUUCGAAGAAUUGAGAGUAGACUUGUAUUUUGGGAGGAUUGUGAGAUAGUUUUGAUGAAAUUCGAUGUAAAGUUGACAACUGUGAUCUAUUUCUGAGUCGGACUCCUGACAAUUUUUUAAACCUGUACGUCCUUUUAACCGAUUGCUUAUAACUUAAAGGUGGGUUCCACAUGGAGAAGGUGUUUUGUCAGAUAAAGAGUAUGAGAGGAUAUGGAUCAAAGAUGGGUUAAGAGAGUUCAAAUACAGAUCAACCAUGGUCUUAUUAAAGGGUCUACCCUUUAAUAAGACCAUAAAAACAGUCUGGCAGGGCUGCAUGGCCUCCUCCUAUUCCAAUGUUGUGUUCUCAAAAUUAAUAACAGCAGGAGGUAAUUUAAUGAGAUCAGCAGAUCAAACUAAUCAUUUAAUUAACUUAGACACAUCAUUAGCUAAGCUUCACAUUUAGACAUGUUGCAAGUAAAGGGGUAGACUUGUUGUGUUAUCGUAGAGAACUGUGAAUCAGUUUAACUGAAAAUGUCAUUCCUUAGAUAAAAAAUAGAAAAAAGUCCCUGGCAUUUUUAAACGGACACUGUUAUGGUCAGUCACAAGAUUGUGGGAGGGGUAUAUUCAUUCAGAAAAUUAGCCCUUGGGGAUGCCUUCAGAAUAACAUUGUAUUUAUAUAGCACCUUUACUUCAGAAUAACAUUGCAUUUAUACAGCACCUUUACUUCAGAA